UGGUGUACAACAAGCUGAAUGCUCUAAAUGAAUGUUCUUCAUUGAAAGACCAUGUGGUCUCUAUAAUUAUUCUGCUGUUCUUCAUCUAGAGAAGGUGUAGGGUUGUACCUGUGGUUAAAACUGGGCAUAAUUAGAAAGCUUAGCUGUGAAUGGCAGCUUUGUUGAGUCAGUUGGUUAUCACUUGUAAGAGAAGUAGUGGUAGUUUGUGGUCUCCGUUCAAGACAAAGGAGAGAGAGAGAGUGAACUGACUCAAUCAGAGCAGGUGUGGUACAGCUAGUACAGUAUACAAUUGUACAGUACAUAAUCAGAGUAGGAGAACAAUGGACGUGCUACAAUAGCGAGGACACGGGGAGGUUACGUGUAAAGCAACCAGACGGGUCUUUGGAUUGACUUCUAUGUUAUUUUCCUUCAGUUUUGAGCAGCAUGAAGUCUUCGACUAAUAAAAAAGGUGAAGACACUCCACUCAUCUCCGAGGCAACGCCAACAGCUGUGGAGAAACAGUUACCAUGGAAACGAAAUUCUGGUCGACAACCAAUAUCUUCAUCCUUGACGCACAGCCUUCCAGAUGACGACAUUCCACGAAUGAGUGAGUGCCCAUCUUGGGUAGACAACCUUGAUUACAAUCACAUCUCUUCGUCUCCUGCCGCUUCACUGAACAUCAGCCCCAACAAUUCACGGAGCAUGCCUGUAUUAAGUGUGGUACAACAACUAAUGCAGCCUGCAGUCCUCGAGGAGGAGGAGGAUGAAGGGGACACAGUUGCCAUGACAACAGAAAACAGUGAUAAGGAUGUUAACAGUGACAUGGUGGAAAAGGUUGUGUUUUCAGCUGGAAGUGAGCAUGAACAUGAGGGGAAUUCUGGGAUAGCAGAUGCAAGUAAAGAGGAAAAAACGGAUGUAUCUGUGGAAAAACAAAAUGAGGUUGAAGAAAGUAAUGGUGGUUUGUCUUUUUCAUUACCAUGGCGACGUCAAGAUGAUGAAAGUGAUCAAGGACCGGUAAGAUCACCAUCUGCCAGUCACAUAGUAGAUUCCUCUCAGAACUUCGCUCCUUUACCCUCCAAUCGCAGCUUUACACUUAGUGAACGUGAGGAGUGUCUGGAAUCCAAACACUUAAAACCCAUCAACCUGCAGUCUGUGAUAUCAUUGCCAAAAUACAACGACACAUAUCCAGAUAGCCACGAUGUGUUUUUAGAACAAUCUGAUGUGCUGAAAAGUCUACCUCAGUCUGAUGAUCUUGAUCCAGACGACCGUAUUCACAAGUGGUUACAACAUUCACCGGAUGACCUUGGGUCAGAGGAAGAGGAGGAGAUUGAGGAAGAAAUGAAAAAGAGGAACAAGAAAUGGGAGGAAGGGGACAAUGAACCUUUGGAAGUUGUCGUUGUCCCUAAUGUUGAUACCUCAUCUGCAAACAACUGUGAUAACACAGGGGAUUCCACAGCGAGUGAAAAGAACUGUAUAGAUUCUUCAAGAAAUGGAAGUAAAUCCAACAUUGGGCUUAAAAUGGACAAGACAGACCCAGUUAAAAGUGAAAAUAAAUCCAGCUCGGGGUUUGUGUUAGACUGUGGGGAGGGGCCCACUGCCAUUAUAGUUGUAGAUGACAAGAGAAAAGAUCAGACGGAAAAUAAGGAGAACGAUGCCGAGACAUAUGUAUAAUAUUGUAUAAAUUUAGUUUGUACAGUAUUUAUUUUAAAACAAUUAGAUUGGAUAGGUACUAUUUAUUUAUUAAGGCAUUUAGUUUGUAUAGUGUAGAAUAUCUUUGUGUUAGUAACUUAUUAGCCAUUCAUUCUCGAUGUUAGUAUAUCUUGCUAAGUUGGCUUUUUUUUUUCUUUUUUUUUAUUAUGAUAAGUUGCAUUUUUGAAGUUUUACCCAACAAACCAAUUUAACAUGUUUUGAGGCAAAUUGGGGUUUCUGAGUGAAAUGGUUUUCUGAGUAAUAGAAUAUUUAUAUUCUUAUGCAAGAGAAAGAGAAAUUGCAUAAGUACACAAGAGGUGGUUUCUUGUAGACAGGUAAGUGGAUAAGUGUUUGUGUGUGUUGUGGCUUCAGGCAAUAUCUUGCAUGGGACACAAGGAAAUUAAUUUUAGAUUAGAUUUUAGCAAAAA